GCGGAAUAAUUCAGCCUCCACCCGCCGAACAGCUUACCGUAGCUUCAACGGGUCCAGGCCAGUGGACGCGCCUGGGAGGACAGCCAAGCUGGAAUCCACGCCUGCCCUGCGGCUCGCGCAUUACGACAGCUGUACCGUAAUGAGUUUCUGGCACUUUUUUCGAACAGUGCAUCCCUCUCGUCCCCUCGACUGUCAUCGGAACCACGACAUGCGCACGACGACGAAGACUAAGCCAAGCCCCUGAUUGCGUCGAUAUCACCUCCCAUUGACCGAAAACCGAAAUUGAGCAAUUGAAGUUGCAAAGAUACGAUACCUGCCUAGUGUGACGGACCCCCAUCGCAACGAACGAUCGUCUUAGUCGAGACGCCCGAGAUGGAAUCCCAACAGCAGCAGGAUGCGCCGGGCUCCUUGAGCUGGCGGUUGAGCUCGCAUCCCAUCACCCUCUUGACCUUUCUUGCAUUUCGGAUAUCAAGUGUACUCGUGUACUUCCUCGGUCUGUGGAUCAUCAGAAGCAUGAUCAUGAUCUUCAUCAUCACCAUCCUCCUCCUCGCCGCCGACUUCUACUACCUCAAGAACAUUGCCGGCCGCCGACUCGUGGGACUGCGGUGGUGGAACGAGGUGGACGUGCAGACGGGCGACUCGCAGUGGGUCUUUGAGAGCAGCGAGCCCGGCACCAAGACGAUCAACCCGACCGACAGCCGCUUCUUCUGGCUCGCGCUCUACGUCCAGCCCGUCCUCUGGAUCCUGCUCGCCGUCUUUGCGCUCGUGAGGUUGCAGUUCCUAUGGCUGCCGCUCGUUGUCAUCGCCUUGGUCCUGACCAUCAUGAACGCCAUGGCCUUUUCGAGAUGCGACAAGUUCAGCCACGCGUCCAACAUGGCCGGAAGUGCCCUGUACUCUGGCGGUCUGGCGGGAAGCAUCGCAACCGGCAUGGUCGGCCGACUCUUCAACCGCGGUUAAAGUCAUAUAAACCCCCUUUGGGGUCGAGAGCACAAUCCUUGGGGCAGGGAGAGGGUGUUGUUGGAGCAAGGGCUCAAAGACAAAGCACAGCCCGUUUUCGCCGCAAGGCCCGGACGAAAAGUGGGUGAGGUUUGUGAUAUUGCUAUACCCAGCUGUAUACUAGACAUGUAAGCAUGACCCGGAAGGUGUUUUUCAAACGAUCAAAGGCUUUUUCUGUUUCUAUUCUUUGAAAAUUGCAGCAUUGUGUGUGUGUGUGUGUGUGUGUUUGUGUUUGUGCUGUGAACGGUUCCUUGAUUCUGUGAGGCAAAGUGCAAC